AUGCGGUUUGGAAAAACCCUCCGCGCUGCGGUGUAUCCUCCCUGGAAAGGGAAAUACAUUGAUUACACCAAGCUUAAGACCUUGUUGAGAGAGAAUGAUGUCACUGGGAAUGGAGAGGAUGCCAGCGACUCUGAUGACGAUCAAUGGACCGAGCAAGACGAAGAAGCCUUUGUGCAGGAACUACUGAAUGUUCAAUUGGAUAAAGUGAAUUCUUUCCAAGCAGAGACAUCGCAGCAACUCCGGCAACGUACAACCGCUUGUGAAGCGAAACUUCGACCCUUGGCGUCUGACCCGGAGCAAGAAACACCGGCCCUUAAUGAACAGGAGAAGAGGACAAUUGCCUCGGAAGUCCUGCAGGAACUUGAUAACAUCACCAAGGAGGUCAGUGCCUUGGAAAAAUACAGCCGAAUCAACUUCACUGGCUUUCUUAAAGCUGCAAAGAAGCAUGACCGCAAACGAGGAGCCCGAUACCGUGUGAAACCUUUGCUCCAAGUGCGACUGUCACAAUUGCCAUUCAACUCGGAGGACUAUUCGCCAUUGGUGCAUCAACUCUCGGUGAUGUACUCCUUUGUUCGAGAGACUCUAAGCCAAGACAUUGUGCAGCCAAAGGAGACAGAGCAUGGGUUUGGCCGUGAGACAUAUUCAUCUUACAAAUUCUGGGUACACUCAGAGAAUAUUUUAGAGGUCAAGACUCACAUCCUCCGUCGUUUGCCUGUUCUUAUAUAUAGACCGGGAACUUCCAAAGACCUCGAUACCAUUACCGAAGACCCCACGAUUACCUCUCUCUACUUUGAUACCCCCCAGUUUGAUCUCUAUAACCAAAAGGUCGCACGAGCACCCGAAACCGGAUCCUUGCGACUGCGCUGGACAGGGUCCCUGAAAGACAAACCUGCAAUUCAUCUGGAAAAGAAAACUGUCACUGACGACGACGAAAGUCGACAAGUCAAGGUACAACUCAAAGACAAGCACAUCAAAGAGUUCUUGGAUGGUGAAUACCGCUUCGACAAAAAGCUUCACCGCAUGGAGGAUUCAAACAACGGAGAGUCUCUGGCCGCCGAGGCUUUGAAGAAGGAUGUGGAUGAGCUCCAGUCCUUUAUCAAGGACAAUGACAUGCAACCCAUGCUCCGAGCCAACUACACGCGCACGGCCUUCCAAAUCCCUGGCGAUGAUCGUAUUCGCAUUUCACUUGAUACCAACCUUGCACUCAUUCGGGAAGAUUCCCUCGACAGCGAACGCCCAUGUCGUGACCCAGCUGAGUGGCACCGUGCCGAUUUGGACAAUGCCGACAUGACCUACCCCUUUAGCGCCAUCAGAACCGGAGAAAUUACUCGCUUUCCUCACGCCUUGCUCGAGAUCCAGCUUCGAGGGAAGGCUCAUAAUACCGAGUGGGUGAAAGACCUGAUGGUCUCCCACCUUGUCAAAGAUGCUCCCCGUUUCUCCAAGUUCGUCCAUGGAGUCGCCUUGCUAUUUGAGGACCACGUCAACAGCUUCCCCUUCUGGCUUGGUGCACUUGAAAAUGACAUUCGCCGUGACCCCGAGACUGCUUUCCAUGAAGAGCAAGAGCGACUAGCUCGACGAGCGGAGGAGGACAUGGCAGUUGGCAGCUUCAUGGGAGGCGCAGGCAGCCCAAGUGUUCGCCAACUGGUGGGAUCAUCUUACCACCAUCCCUCAAGCGCAGGUUCUCCGUCCGCCGUGCGGAGAUCCUCGGGGGCCACCGAACUUACAACAGCGCGCCCCUCACGCCCCUCAAUUCCAGAGCCCCAGCGCCAUGAUACUGAGCCCAUCCCUGAGAUCGAGAGAGAACUUGAGCCACCCACUCGCCUUGAAUCCAUCUUUCAAUCCUUGGGGCUGUCUCCUCAACGCUGGCUUGGGGCAGAAUCUGUCUCCCUGCCGCCCGGUGUUCGACACCCCGGCGUCUGGAUCAAGGAUGCCGGCCCCGUUCGCGUGGAAAGCAAGGUUUACCUUGCUAAUCAGCGAACAUUCAUCAAGUGGCUACACAUCAGUAUCCUUUUGUCGAGUUUGUCAUUGGGUCUUUACAACGCUGCCGGCAAGCACAACCAGGUAGCUCAGACACUGGCUGUAGUCUACACAUUCUUUGCCAUCUUCGCCGCGGUGUGGGGAUGGUUCAUGUACGAGAGACGGGCCCGGCUUAUUCGUCAACGAAGCGGAAAGGACCUCGAUAACACAUUUGGUCCUAUUGUCGUCUGCACUGGGUUGGCUGUAGCUUUGGUCUUGAACUUCGUUUUUAAGUACUCCUCGGCACUAGAUCAAAGCCGCAACCACCCGCUUCCUGAUGUGCCAGCUCACUCUAAUUCCUCUAUUGUAUCUGACGGCACCUCGGGAGCUUUGUGGAGCAGCCUGAAUCAGGUGCAGCAGAUAAUCUCAGACACCAUCUGUCCUUGGUGCUAUGUCGGCUACCGGCGCCUUUCGCGGGCAAUAAUCGCCCAUCAAGCUACCUACCCGACAGACACAUUCAGUCUGCAUUGGAAAGCGUUCUACUUGAACCCCGCGGCCGCCGAGUAUCCCGGCGCGAACAAGGCCGAGCUGUACAGCCAGAAAUUCGGGGCUGAGCGCAUGGCCGCGAUAUUUGCGCGAUUGUCCGCCGUGGGCGAGGGUGAAGGAAUCAAGUUUAGUUUUGGCGGGAAUACGGGCUCCACGCGGGACUCGCAUCGAUUGCUUUGGUUUGCUGGGCAAAAGGAGGCUGAAGAGAGGACUACGAAGGGGACGGAGCAAGAUGUGGCUGUUGUGGGUGGGCUGCAGACGAGGGUUGCGGAGCAGCUGUUUCGAGCCUAUUUUGAGGAAGAGAAGAAUAUCACUGACUUGAAGGUUCUUGUCGAAGCGGCUGUUGGAGCGGGCUUGAACCGGGAUGUCGUGAAGAGCAUGCUGGAUGAAGAUGUUGGCGCUGAGGAGGUUGAUUUGGAGGCGAAGAUGGCGGCCCAGAGGUUGGUGACUGGUGUCCCAUAUAUCUCGGUGCAGGGAAAAUAUCAUGUUGAAGGGGCUGAUGAGCCCGAAGCCUUCUUAGAGAUCUUCGAGAAGGUAAAGGCCGAGCAGAAGGAAUAA